AUGGGCCGGUCCACCACCCUUCUGCGGUUCUGGCUCCUCCUGCCGUACGUUUCGUCGCUACUAUUCGGCCGUGUACACGCAGCAAACGAGUCGUACAUCACUGCGCAGGCGGAGUACAACACCGAGUGCAAAACGUGUCCGCAUUCGCUGUGCACGAACAAAGUCGCGUAUGAGUACGAGGACGUGUUCAAUGCGACGUGCUGGACGAGAGGGACGGCGAUCGUGGGCGACAAUCUGUGGUUGAAGAGCGAAGCAGGCUGCUACGUCGCAGAGUACGACACCGUAGAGUAUACUGGAGAUUACACAUCCGACCUCCCCUACUGCGGCCGCGCCUCCGAAAAACAACACCUCACCCUCGCCGACGCAACGCUCGCCUACAAAACAGAAUGCAGCGUCUGCCCCUCUAUCAACUGCGACGUCGCCGCCUACCUGCCCGAAGACACCGACGUGACGCUCACGUGCUGGACAGACCAGGGGCAGGUCAUCAUAGACGAUCCAUACUGGCUCAAAACCACAAACAACUGCUACAUCGCGGAAAAAAACCUCUACAGCUCCCCCAUCGCCGCCGACAAAUCGCGCCUAGAUCCCUGCGGCCCGAUUCCCUUCCUCGAGCUCGCAAACCACCUGCCCCCGGAGGCCUCCCCCUCACCCGAAGAUCCAAACCCCCCGGAAAACUCCACCCCUGAAAUCGCCCCCCGCUCCCCCCACCCCCUGACCCCCACCUACCUCAUCAACGUAACCGUGGGCACCGAAUACGCGCCGUGCCGCAGCUGCGCGCGGGAAACGUGCCGCGAGGAGCGGACGUACGAGUUCAACCAGGAGGUGUGGCUGCAGUGCCUGGUGGAGAACAACGGCACGUGGUGGAGCGAGACGACGGAUUUCUGCUAUGUGGCGAACAAGGACUUUUGGGAGAGUCCGGAGGGGGACUAUUAUCGGAAUCCGCUGUGCGAGUACUUCGAGGAUCCGGAGGACGAGGGGGAUGACGAUUAA